AUGAGCCGUUGCUGCUCUCUUGGGCUCUGUGCCCCGAACCCUCCUUUGUCCUCUCUCUCCUCAAGGCCUCGCAGUGUCAAAGCUCCUCUCUGUAUCACAUCUCACGCCACACCCAACUCUAACACCGAUUCUCUUCUUCAAAAUGUUGCCAAGAUAAGAGCAAAGACCGGAGAUUUCUUUGGAGCAAAGAAGACAAUCUUUGCAGCUCAACUAGGGGCAGUUCUUGCCACGAUCGAUCAUCCGGCGUUAGCAAUAACAGGAGUCAACCACGAGCAGGAACUAAGCAGCGUUGUGCUCGAUAUCGGGAUCAUAUCCGUUUGGUACUUCCUCGUAAUGCCACCAAUCAUCAUGAACUGGCUGAGAGUAAGAUGGUACAGAAGGAAGUUCUUUGAGAUGUACUUACAGUUCAUGUUCGUCUUCUUGUUCUUCCCCGGGCUACUGUUGUGGGCACCGUUUCUCAACUUCAGAAAGUUCCCAAGAGAUCCAUCUAUGAAGUAUCCUUGGGACAAACCAAAAGAUCCUUCCUCUAUCAAGAACGGUUACCUCAAAUACCCAUUUGCAAAGCCAGAAGACUACGACUACUAA